AUGCAACGUGUCUUUAGUAUUCAUGUGAAACUUAAUAUGUCGAAAAAUACAGCAACUGGUAAAUCAAAUGCAACGGGAUCUUCGGUUAAAUUUGGAAAACGUCCAACAGUUCCCUUAACUUCAUCAAAAGAUAUAACAAAAAAACCAGAUUCAAAUCCACCUGCGCUUCCAGCACAAACGAUACCAAGCGUAAAAACGUUAGAUCCGAUUGUUGAAGUUAAACUAAACCAAAUUCAACCACGCGAUAUUUCAUCGGUACUCAAAUACGAGGAAGAAAAAUGUCCGUUAUUCAUUACACCAAGUGGUAAUGCUAUUGCUCUCUAUCGUUACAGUAAUUCUGGUCCAUUUGUCGAAUUUGUUCCAUUUACAAAUAAUUUAUUACAGGCACUAAAACAUUCUAUCAUUCAUGGACAACUAUUUAUUAUUAAUUUUGAUGAUUCUACAGACAUUAAAGCACAAUUAGAUGAAUUAAAGAAAUAUUGCGACGAGAUACAUCCAAAUUUGUACAAUUUAAUAAUUACAAACCAAUUGAUGAAACAAAAUUAUAAAACAGUAUUUGAUAUGUUAAAUUUUACAGAAUUAGAAAUUGUUCCAGAAAUAUUUGAGACAAGUAAACAAACAUUUCGAAUAAUAUUUUUUACAAAAAAUGAAAAUAUUCCAGAUGACAUUGCUAGUCUAUUUAAACGUAUGCAAGUUACAUAG